CCAGCACCGCUCCUGUGCACCCUCAAGUGCCGAACAAACAAGUCUUACCUCCAAAUCACAAAAGUCCAGGGUGCUGUCACCCUGGAUUUUUUAAAUAUCCCAGAGACAUCUUGAAAAGAAAUUUCUCAGAGGGCUCAAGAAAUGCAAAGGAGCUCCAGAAAAGCUGAAACGAUGAAAAAUCAGGUACUGUUUCUCUUCCUGUUGUCUUUGUUGGGCAGAGCCAUCUCCCAGCAGAUCCAGUACGUGAUUCCCGAGGAGCUGGCCAAGGGCUCGCGGGUGGGGAACCUCGCCAAGGAUCUGAGGCUCAGUGUUCAGGAAUUGCCAGCUCGAAAAUUGCGGAUUAGUGCAGAGGAUUUUUUCAGCGUGAGUGCGGAGAGUGGGGAUUUGUUAGUGAGCGGUAGAAUAGAUCGAGAGAAGAUUUGCGGGAGGAAAUCUGAGUGUGCGCUUGAAUUUGAAAUGGUCGCUGAAAACCCAAUGAAUGUUUUCCACCUGAUUGUUGCAAUCCAAGAUAUUAACGACAAUGCACCACGUUUCAUUGCAAAAGCCAUUGACUUGGAAAUCUGUGAGUCAGCCUUACCAGGGGUAAAAUUCCCCCUGGAUUCUGCGCAAGAUGCAGACGUAGAAAGUAACUCACUGAAGAUAUACACUAUCAACCCCAAUGAACACUUCUCUCUGUCAACGAAGGAAAGUCCUGAUGGAACUAAAUACCCCGAAUUACUGCUGGAAAAACCUCUGGACAGAGAACAGCAGAGCUCCCACCGCUUAAUCCUGACUGCCACGGACGGCGGGGACCCUCCUCUAAGCGGCACCACGCAGAUCCGGAUCCAGGUCACUGAUGCCAAUGAUAAUGCUCCGUUGUUCAGCCAGGAGUCUUACAGAGUUAGCCUCCAAGAAAACGUGCCUCCGGGAACCUCCGUGCUGCGGGUGAUGGCUACUGACCAGGACGAGGGCGUUAAUGCAGAGGUCACCUAUGCCUUCCUCAAUGCCCCAACAAGUACCAGCCUCCUGUUCAAUCUCAAUCCAAAUACUGGCGACAUCACAACCAAUGGUACAUUGGACUUUGAAGAGACAAGCAGAUAUAUAUUGGGUGUAGAAGCCAAGGAUGGAGGAGUGCACACGGCGCACUGUAAUGUUCAGAUUGAUAUUGUUGAUCAGAAUGACAAUGCCCCAGAGGUGACGUUCAUGUCCUAUUCUAACCAUAUUCCCGAGGACUCAGACCUUGGAAGUGUAAUAGCCCUCAUUAAAGUGCAAGACCAGGAUUCUGGGCAAAAUGGUCUGGUAAUGUGCUAUAUUCAGGAAGAAGUUCCCUUCAAAUUAGAAUCCACCUCCAAGAAUUAUUACAAACUGGUGAUUGACAGUGCCCUAGACCGGGAGCAGAUGGCAGAGUACAAUGUCACCAUCACAGCCACAGACAAAGGUAAGCCGCCCCUCUCCUCCAGUACAAGCGUCACCCUACACAUCGGCGACGUCAACGACAAUGCUCCGGUUUUCCACCAGGCCUCCUACGUGGUCUACGUGGCCGAGAACAACCCGCCCAGCGCCUCCAUCGCCCAAGUCAGCGCCUCAGAUGCCGACCUGGGACCCUCCAGCCCCGCCGCCUGGGGCUGCUUUCAGCCUGGUCUCUGUUCUAAGUCUGGACCAAUGGUUCCCACAAACUACAAUGAGGGAACACUGCCGUAUUCCUACAGUCUCUGUGUUGCCUCGCAUUCAGCAAAGACUAAAUUUAAUUUUCCUAACCUGACCCCGGAAAUGGCUCCCCCUCGGGAUCUCCUGUGUGAAGAUCCUUCUAUGGAUGUAUGUGCCAGCGGUGAAGAUCCCCAAAUCGCUAAUGACUUCUCCUUUUCCUCUCACGUUGGGACUGGAGCCCAGACCUCCAACUCCCGGGACACUGUCUUCUCACCUACCUAUUCUUCCAUUCUUCAAGUCCAUCCUUGUUCCUGGAAGGGAUAA